ACCCAAUGUGGAAUGACAGCAGACGUUUUGUGGCUUCUUAUUGGUCGAGAUACUUUCAUCGACGUUUGUAAAGAGAUACUAGAGUUAACUCUUGGUUAUUCUCAGCGCGCAAAUUAAAGGUACUGGAACGUCGAAAACGCUAUUAUUUGUUGUGAUUUAUUUGAAAAGCAGACGUAAACAGUAGCCGGAGAGCAAAGAGGAUACCUAACGGCCGCAAUAUCCACAAAACAACAGGCAAAAGACUGAACGAGGUCCCCGGUUGUAUGUCGUGAUAGCAGUUGUCGAGAGCAGAAACUCGCCACCGCCAUGGUUUUAAGUGAGAACGAUGCUGGCAAGGGCUUGACCACUGCCGCUGCGAAAGGGAAUACAGCCGAAGUGCGACGGAUGCUGGAGGAAUGCCGGGUACAUCCAGACACGGUCAAUGAAUUUGGCCGCACCGCAUUACAGGUCAUGAUGAUGGGGAACACAAAUGUGGCGUGUCUACUGUUAGAGCAUGGUGCAGACCCCAACAUCCAGGACCGCUUUGGUGUGACUCCUGCACAUGACGCCGCCCGCGGCGGCUUUCUCGACACCCUCCGGGCUCUAGUGGACUUCGGUGCAUCAGUCAACGUUCCAGACAACUCUGGGGCGCUCCCCAUCCACAUCGCCAUCCGCGAGGGCUACAGAGACGUGGUGGAAUACCUCGCGCCGCGGUCCAACCUCAGCCAUCACAACACGAGUGGGGAGACAGCCCUGGACGUCGCCAGGGCCUCCUGCACGCCAGACGUGGUCGAACUGUUGGAACGUCAGUUAGAAUCUAGUCUGACAUUCAAGUCAUAGCAGAAGACACGGGAGUUCCCGUACUCUCAUUCUUUUUCGGUGAAAUUUCAUAUAUAGGAUUUGUAAUAAUGUGUAUCCUUAGAUUUUCCCUGUUGUGGUAGUUUGGUAGCCGCAUAGUAGCCUAUAGUGUCAACAUUUUUUGGAGGAAAUGACACAUCUUUGUUUUUGCACAGCGAUGUACCAUUGAAGGUACUGCAAACCUCGUUUCAUUUGGGAGUUUGCCAUGCACAUUUGUAGAUUGACGAAUUGUCAUUUGUUUGUUCAUUUUUCUUGUCCAUUUUGUCUACACACUCGAGUAGACAUUUGAGCUGUUGAUUUUUAUGAAAAUAUGAAAUGACGGCUGCACUCCUCCCUUUGGUUGGUUUUGCAGUUUGCACUGAUGAAUUUGUAGCAACUUUUUUUCUCUUUUUUUUUUUUUUUUUUUUUUUAAAGAUGUAUGUGUUUGUUUCUUGUAUAUAAAAUGUAUGAAUUUAUAUGUACUAUUUAUUGAAAUAUUGUACAUAGGAAUUUUAUGUUUACCACUGUGGAAUGCUUAUUGUUAUUUAUGAAAAUACACAUAAACCCUACAACAAUUUUGAUGUAUUCACACUUCAUUUCUUUAGUACACAAAUAAAGUAUUGCCCAUAUUUAUUCAUUUUGAGUUGUUCAUCAUCCUUCCAGAUUAUCAAAAAGAAUUUUCAGUUGUUACACAAGUCAAAAGAGGUAGGCGACUAAAUUAUAUUGGAAGUGCACACUGUGCUGGCACUAUUUGUAGUAAAGGGUACAUUCUUUUGGUUUUACAUGUCCGGCGAAUAGAGCCUAUAACUGACCUUGGCUACUAGUUUUGCUAUUGUUGCUUGUAAACAGGAUGUAGUCCAGUUUUGUCUGCAGAUGCUAUGUAAAGACCAUUUUCCCAGGUCUGAGGACAGCCUGACAAAUUGCAAACUGGUAAAUUUGCAUAUAACAUGAUUUUUGAACUAUCCCCGUUCACAUGCUGCUGCUGUAACCAGUUUCCCCUGAGCUCUGAGUUAAUGCCAAAGCCUUUCUGCUUGCUCAAGAGCCCAAACAUUACCUUUGAUGUUUGAGAUUUUCAUACCA